AGCUGUUUCCGAAAUAGAGCGGUGGGUGUGUUCCACGUCUGUACACGUAAAAUUCUCCUUCUCCUUCGCCGCCUGAAGUAGCUGCCGGGUUGAAAAUAUGUUGGUCUUAGCCAGCUCUUCAGUCAGUGUUUUGUGCAGCUGCAAUGCCAACGCAGAAGAAUCCCUUAGACGCUAGGCACUCGCUGCAAAUUCUCCAAAUGGAGCCGAAAGGGAUUCCGUCGAACAGCUCGAACCAGCAACUCGUCAGCGGCGACGAGAGCGACGGUUACCCGAGCGACAGCAGCCCUUCACCCCGUCCGAAUACAAUUAACAUUCGAGUGACACGGUCACAAUGGGUCACCGUGGCCAUCCUGUGCUUCGUCAACCUCAUCAACUACAUGGACAGAUUCACCGUGGCAGGUGUGCUGGAGGACAUCCAAAAAGACUUCAGCGUCGGCGACGACAAAGGUGGCUUGCUACAGACCGCCUUUGUCAUCAGCUACAUGGUGUUCGCCCCACUCUUCGGCUACCUUGGUGACCGCUACAGCCGAAGAGCAAUCAUGGCCUUCGGAGUAUUCUUGUGGGGCCUCACUACCCUUUUGGGAUCUUUCAUGCAGAGUUACAACUGGUUCCUGCUUAUGCGGGCGUUAGUGGGCAUAGGUGAAGCCAGUUACUCGACCAUCGCGCCCACGAUCAUCAGUGACCUUUUUGUCAAAGACUUGAGGUCCAAAAUGCUCGCCCUCUUCUACUUUGCCAUUCCCGUUGGCAGUGGCUUGGGCUACAUUGUGGGGUCCGAGACAGCUCACUUUGGAGGCAGCUGGCACUGGGGCCUUCGAGUGACCCCCGUUCUAGGUGCGAUCGCGGUCCUCCUCAUUCUCUUCGUUAUGGUUGACCCUGAGCGGGGCCAAGCGGAAGGUCACACUGAGCUCCAUCAUACCGACUAUGCAACUGACAUCAAAGAUCUCGUAAACAAUCGCAGCUUUAUGUGGUCAACUUUUGGUUUCACUUGUGUCGCGUUUGUGGCUGGAGCUCUGUCAUGGUGGGGACCGAUUUUCAUUCUCAAUGGAAUGCAACUGCAACCUGGCAAGGAGAACAUGAAACUAGCAGAUGUCUCAUUGACGUUCGGCAUAAUCACCAUGCUUUCUGGCAUUGUUGGCGUACCUUUGGGAGCCACACUUGCCCAGAAGCUGCGAGUCAACUAUCCAAGAGCGGACCCACUGAUAUGUGCAGUCGGCCUUCUAAUCAGUGCCCCUCUUCUGUUUGCUGCUUCCCUUACUGUCACCUCAAACGCAAUACUGUGCUACACACUCAUCUUUUUGGGAGAGGUUGCUCUCAACCUAAACUGGUCAAUAGUUGCUGACAUCUUGUUGUACGUUGUUGUGCCAACAAGAAGAUCAACUGCGGAAGCAUUCCAGAUUCUUCUGUCCCACGCUCUGGGUGACGCAGGCAGCCCGUAUCUCAUUGGUCUUAUGUCAGAGUACUUCAAAACCAUACUUGUUCCCGCUGAUGUCGAUGUUUCUGGGCUGACAGCCGAAAACGUCACAGCGGCUGCUGGCCUCAUUAACGAUGUCAGCCACUCAGUCAAAUUCCAUAGUCUGCAGUACGCCCUCUUCACGACCAAUUUUGUGGAAAUUGUUGGAGGUCUUUUCUUCUUCCUCACGGCUCUCUACAUUGUAGCCGACAAACGAAGCGCAGACCUCGCAGCAUCAGGCAAGUCCAUCUCACGAGCGCACAUACUUUGAUAUGACAUGCCUGAGCAAGGAAUUACAAAUAUUUUUGCUGAUGAGGAAAGUGUGACGACAACUCAUCAAAGAAGAAACAACCUCAGCUAGAAACCGAGCUGGAGCUGUGGCGUAGUUUUGACUGAUUUUGAUCUUGUAUAGUUUGUUCUCAGCAGCUGUUCAGUACAGUUCAAUCAGUACUUUCAAAGACUGUUAUGCUCUGUUUGAAGAUGCGCUGCACAUGUAUAAGGCAAAAGCACGCAUGUGCUGAUCGGUAAGGCUGUUCUAUUCAAAUUUAUGGUUGUUUAAAUUAUAUAUAAAGGUGCCUAUAUGUAUUGUUUGUCACAUAACAACACGUUUCAACAUCACGUCAUUGCUUAUCAAAGCAAUCAAUCAUAGAGGUUCCUCAGUGCUUAACUGUUUUGUUAUGAAGUCUAAGAGCAAUCUAUUAUUAUUUUAGUGUUGUAGUAAUUUUAGAUACGUGAUGACUACCUAUUUGAUCGUUAUUCCGCAUUUGAUACUUAUCAGUUAAAUGAAACCCGCUCCUCAGUCUCUGAUUAGUACACAUUGUUGCUCAAAAAGAACUCGAUUUUAGUUGAAAAAGGGAUCCGUUCAUCAGUGAGUCAUCUUUUGGAAGACUGAUUCAUUUUCAAAAUUUACCAUGCCCUUCACCCUAUUUUAUGAACGAUAUUCCUUGUGUACUGUCCUAGAGAAUUAAACAGGACUGGCCAACGCAUUGUCAGUUCAACACAAAUAAGUAAUGCUAAAAUGGAACUGACAAAUUGUACUGUAAUGUAAGGUAGCCUGGUCGAAACUCUUUUGAAUGUUUGCAAUUGGAAAUUCUACACGUAUCAAAAUUUGUGUUGUAUGGAAUAAAUGGAUCAUUAUAGUAUCAAACA